AUGGCGGGAGGAGCUCUCUCGUCUCUCCUCGAAAUUUCUUUCUGGCUUGGAGAAUGGCUGAAGCAGGUGUUCUCUUCUUGGCUCUUGGCCAGCCUGCAGAAUCAGAAAAAGGUUCGUCCGACAACUAUCCCGGGACAAAGCGACGGACGACGCGAAGGGCAUCCGAGCACGCCGCAGGGCAGAAAGUCGGACAACCACCGGAAGAUCGCCGUGCUGACAUGCAAGUCGGUAAUAAGUCAUCAGAAACGUAAACGGGGCGUUGUUUGGGGACGAGAUGACUCCCUCUUGAACGCCAAUAUCAAAAGAGGCAGAUUGAUGUCGCUAAAGGGAUGGCGAUUCUGGCUCCCACCUGCACCUGAUGUGGGGGAGGAGGAAUCGCUGGUAUCCCAGCCUGCAAGUGGAGAUUAUAAUCUUCGCACCUCCAGAUCGCAUAAUUAUUUCCAGGGUGCCAGAAUGAGCAGGCCCCUGCUUGUGUGGGAAGCAAUUAUGCAAAAGCCGGCUUUGCGAUGGCCGGCGAAGAAGCCGACAGCUACCGGAACCAGACUCACCGCCGGCGGCCGAUGGCUAUUCUCGCCGGCCAAGGGUGUACCCAAGUUACGUCAAAGUCGGGGGACAGGAUCCGUAACGGUUAUUUGCCGAUUCGGUCCGGAUUUCUCGAGGAUUUUUGGGAGGGAUUUGUGUCAGCUUAUCUCCCCUAACAAACUUAAUGGUGUGAUUCUGAGCGUUGAUAGCUCUCCUAUUUCCAAUACAACUCAAAUUGCCAACGGUAAUUGGCAAAGCGCGUUAACCCCAAGAGAAGCGGCUACUGCUGUGUUUCUCAUUAUAUAUUCACCCUUGCUGCGUAUGAUAGUCCACCGAUACCAGGAAAAGUACUGUUCGAGUGGUUCCUCCAACGCAGCAACCCUCCCUUUCCCCGAGUGCGCUUGUUUCGAGCUCGGGUAUGGAGGAAUGUGA